AAAUGCGUUAAUUCUUUUUUUCUUAAAUACUUGUCAUCGUUAAAUACUUCUUCGUAAAGAGUUCUAAGUGACUUUUAAUGUUGAUUAGCAAUAGAGCCGAUAAAGGGUGCAAUAGUUUGACGCUCGAAGUGAGCGUCAAGCGUCAGCAUGAAAAUGCACCUUUACAAAUAAAACACCGGCGUGGCCGCUCUCUCUUGGAAAUGCAAAAGUCCAGCUGCAAAUCCAAUAUGGGGCGAACAGUGGAAGGAACUGUGUUGGACCGCAUUUGUUUUGUAUAGAGCGGAUUCCGUCUCUUCGUCCCGGUGACCCCCGGGAGUCGGCGAUAAGCAGAUACCUAGGAACGCAUCUAUGCUGCGAUCACGCUGAGGGGCACAGCCAUGUCGGACCCGGAUAAAAAGUCCUGCGAACCGUAUCGCCAAUUAGAGGAGUCGCAUGGCGCCGAGCUGAACGUCGUCGGCGCCCAGAGCACGUCGAGCUGCCACCCGAGCCUCGAGAACGCCACCGAACGGUCGAUGGAACUCUCCUCCGUUGUUGUUAUACCCGACGACACCUUUACUGUGGUACAAGCCAUCAAUGCGUUAGGUUUUGGAAAAUUCCAAGUGAAGUUGUCUUUGUUCACGGGUCUUUGCUGGAUGGUGGAUAGUAUGGAGAUCACAAUACUGAGUAUCCUGAGUCCGUCCUUGCAUUGUGACUGGGGCAUUUCUAGAUACCAGCAGGCACUGACCACAACGGUGGUGUUUCUUGGUAUGAUGUUAAGCUCUACUUUCUGGAACAAUUUGAGCGACAGAUACGGUCGUAAGCAAGCCUUAACUCUGUGCGCGGUGCUGCUGGCCUAUUACGCAUUUCUAAGUUCAUUUGCACCAAACUUUCUCUGGAUCCUGUUGCUCAGAGGAGUUGUAGGGUUUGCUAUUGGUUGUGUACCGCAAUCAGUGACAUUGUACGCGGAGUUUCUGCCAGCAAAGCAACGUGCAAGAUGCGUUAUCCUACUGGAUUGUUUUUGGGCUCUUGGAGCUUGUUUCGAAGUGGCGAUUGCAUUAAUCGUUAUGCCCAAUUUUGGAUGGAGAUGGCUUCUCAUAUUAUCGUCUAUUCCGUUGUUUAUAUUUGCUGUAAUAACACCGUGGCUACCAGAAUCUACAGUAUUCGAUAUGACAACUGGAAGGACAGAUCGUGCAAUUUCGACAUUGGAACGUGUAGCUAGAGAGAAUAAAAAAUCAUUGCCUCUGGGAAGACUGGUUAUGGAUCGAUUUUAUCAAGGUCAUCACGGUCGAUUCAAGGAUGUUCUAAGUAAAGAGAUGUGCCGAACCUCUGCUUUACUUUGGCUUGUAUGGAUGAGUACAGCGUUCUGUUAUUACGGAGUAGUAUUAAUGACAACUGAACUUUUUCACACAUCCUCGGAGCAAUGCAGCACAUGGGGCACAAAGAACGAAGAGAGCACCUGCCAACUUGACUGUCGAUUACGACGUAGUGACUAUAUCGACCUACUUUGGACAACAUUGGCAGAGUUUCCCGGCAUAUUUUCUACCGUUUUUGCGAUCGAGAAAAUAGGCAGGCGAAAGACAAUGGCCUGCCAGUUAGUCAUGUUCGCCAUAGUAGUUUGCUUCUUAGGCAGGACCUGCUUGCUGAGCAGAGCAGUGUUGACCAUUGCCGUGUUCCUAGCCAGAGGCUUGAUCGCCGGUGUGUUUCAAGCUGCAUAUGUAUACACGCCGGAAGUGUAUCCCACGCAUUUACGAAGUAUAGGUGUAAGCGCGUGCAGCGCUAUGGCGCGAAUUGGUGCUAUGAUCACUCCGUACAUAGCGCAAGUAUUUCUGCAGUGGUCCAUCACGGGAGCUAUGAUUAUUUACGCGACGACCGCUUUGUGUGCUGCAAUUGCCACACUUGCACUCCCCGUAGAGACGAAGAAUCAACAAUCAAACGAUGCAAGUCAAGAAAAUAGAUAGUUAUUCUUGCAAUGAAGUAUUUUAGCAUUUUGGCAGAAAUUUUACUAUCCUAUCGCAUUAUCUAGAAUAAUUUUAUUCUUAUUACUUUACGAUAUGUGUAAUAACAAAUAUGUAUAGUCAUAUUUUGAUUAGAAUUGAGAACUCAUAGUUUGCGUAUUCAUGUAUGACUAUAUAUGUGAAUAAGCAGCAGCUAUUAAUACUUUUAAUUUAUUAUAUAUAUUUUCUAUUUAUUAUAGUUUUAACAAGGGACCUUUUUUCAUUUGCACAAGGGUUUAUUAUCAAAAUGUUAAUUAUAGAUCACACAAUAUACAAACGCAAAGACUGACACGUAUGCGACUUUCAAGAAAAGUGCCAAAAACAAAUAUUAAUCAUGAAUAUUUUAUGUUUGUCCUUAAUUUCAUACAUUUUAAUUGUGAAUCUGUUUUUGAAGAUAAUGAUAAUAAGUAUUCGAUAGCAUAAAUGAAUAAAAUUAGUUUAAUAUGAUUGGCUCGUUAAUAGACAAUUAUAAAUUCAAUUUAAACUAGUACUAAUGACAAAGGUUGAAACAGAUAUCCAGGAGAGGAAUCUAUCAUAUGUAUAUGAUGAGUCAAAUUGAAAAGCUUUCAAAUGCAGAAACUAUCAUUUUGUCUUAGCCACAUCUUAUGCUAUUGGCUUUAAAUUGAUUUAUAUACAUGUUAUUUAUAUUAUACGUACAUUACAUAAUAAUAAAAGGCUAUGAGAGUCAAACGUAGGUAAUCGCAUGCAUGUGAUAUUUAAUAUAAAUAAUUUUAAGUACAUGAACACAAAACAAGUAUAAAAUAAGUUUGUCUUCGCGCAUUUUAUCCCAAUUAUAUUGUGUCGAGAAUUGAUAAAUCCUCCCACGAAAUGGUUCUCAUUUCUAAUGUUUAUAUAAAAAUUUAUAAUGUCGAAACUGAAGAUACCGCUUCUUUACUCUACGAUAUUAGAAUGGGAACCAUUUUGUGGGAGCAUGUAUUAAUUCUCACGACACAAUUGGAUAAAAUGCGUGUAAACAAACUUAAUUUUAUACUUAUUUUGUAUUCAUGUACUGAAGAUUAUAUUAAAUAUCACACGCGUGCGACCACCUACCCCAUACAGCACGGAAAUAUUACAGCAACGUUGCAGAGACAUUGUUUUGAAAGAUUGCAUCAUUGCAGCAAAAUUGCGAAAUGUUGCUGCAAUAUUGUAGCUACAUUGCAGCAACAUUAGAAUGUCCGCCCUCAGCAAUAUUUCAAUGUAACAGUGCAGCAAUGUUGCAAUACAACUACGCAGCAAUAUGAAAAUGCAAGACUGCAGCAAUAUUGCAAUGUAACAAUGUAGCCAAAAUGCAAUAAAAUGCAAUAAAACGUACGUAUGUAUACAGGGUGAUAGGAAACAACCCUGAUCCUUGAAAAGAUAUAAUCCUGACGAGAUUCUGAGACGAUUAUUCCUUUUACAAAACUUUAUCCAAAAUCUAGUUUUUGAAUUAUAAAAGGCAAUAGUUUUCUUAUCACGAGUUGAAUACAGGACGUAGGCAAUAGCGACGCAAUUUACUGCGUUAUACGUGGUCCCUUAUAUUAGGUGGCUGUCAGUUGGUCACGUCUGACGGUGAGUUGCGCCGCCACAGCCUGUUUUCUGCAUUCAACCUGUGAUAAUAAGAUAACUAUUUCCUUUCAUAAUUCAAGACUAUAUUUCGGAUAAAGUUUUGUAAAAGAAAAAAUCGUUUCAGAAUCUAGUCAGGAUUACGUCUUUUGAAGGACACAGGGUUGUUUCCAAUCAUCCUAUUAUAUAUGUAAUAAAUACACAGGGAUGUAUUAUUAUAUAUUAUGAAAAAAGGGUUGAACCUGUAUGUUUUAGAAUGAUUUACGAGUUGCAUGUGUUAUAGCUGUAUCUUGUGAACUCAGUAAACCCGAUUAACGUUGUAUGUACGCCGUAAAAAAUAUUUAUACUGUAUAAUUGCAAGUUAAUGUUUUUGUAAUACAGUUGCAACAUUAUAAUAGUGAUAUUGCACAAUAUUGUAUUUGCAGUGUAGCUGCAAUAUUGCAGAUUUAAUAUUACGCAAUAUUGUGUUUGAAAUAUUGUUGCACCAUUGCAUUUGCAAUAUGCAAUCUUGUAACGUUGCAGCUUUUGUGCUGUAUGGGACGUGACUCACAUAGCUUUUUAUUAUUACAUUUGAUUUAUAUCCACGUAGUUUUCACCUUGGUUUGUUAUAAUUAUCUGAACAAAACAGGUUUAAAAAGUACUCCAAGAUGUAAUCUUUCGCAUAUCAAUUUUUACAACUUUGUACCAGAUAAAUACAAUAAAUAAAAUUUUGUAAUGUUCAAGUGUAAUAUCCUGUCUCUCUCAUCCGGCGUUUGGCGACGUGAAUGAAAUAAAAUGACAUUCAAGUAUAAUAUUUAUUAUAAGUGUAACACUAAAAUCAGUAAACUAAAUAAAGUAACUUUAUUAAAGUCUAUAAAUGCAGACAAAGUGCAUUACAAGCCAUUAUGCUGAUAAGAACCAUUGUCACUUUUUUCCUGAUAUAUAUUUAACACGUGUUUCCCAUAAGUUAUAGCAUCAACAAUCGAAUUAUGCAUUAGAA